GGCGUGUUUUGAAUGGGCGCCGCUUGCUGAGGGCGCGCCAUGAGCAGAGAGGAUGACAUUUGGGAUUAUAAAUCUGUUCGCAAAGUCAGGCGUCCUGAGAAUAGUGCAGAGGUUCGCAGCCCGCCGCCUGGGAGGUUGCUCAAGCGGUCGAAAGCCGAGCGGGGAAGAAGUGGCAGAGCUGUCGCUGAUGGGCUCCGGUCCAGGAGUAGGAGAGGGGCCAAGUGCCCGGAGCCUGAGCGGGAGUCAGGGACCACAGAUCGGCUCUCCUCCCGACCUCUCAGCCCUUCCGCCGCAUCUGUACAUCGCCCAGCCACUCCCAGCCCACUGUCACGGCCUACCGAUCCUUCUACCCCACUUAAGCAGACUGAAAGCAGCAAUGCGCCCGGUGGAAAGUGUAUCCUGACAAAGACCAAACCGGUGCAUUCUGGCCAUUGCCCAAUCUGUCAAAUGCCCUUCUCUCUGCUGAUGAUAGAAACGCCUCGGUGGCACGUUGCAGAAUGUUUGGAUACACCAGGUUGCACGGACAAUGAAUGUCCAGAUGGUUUACUUUGUAACAGUACCAUUCCAAGACACUACAAACGUUACUCCCACAUGCUACUUGCUGAAAGUAGAGCUUUGAGCCAAAAUGACACUCAAGCUGCAUUAUGCAAUGGCUUAAAAAAGGAUACCCUGGCUGUUUCCCCUGACUGUAACAACAAUCACCAAUCCUCCCAAAAUGGUCAAUCACUCCAGAUUAAAGAAAGUCCAACAAACAAAACCCAAAAUGCAUUACUAUUGCUAAAAUCACCUGUUAACAAAGUUACUGGAAAAAGCACAAACAAAUUCAAGUUUAGAAGAGGAACAAAUGGGACACCCUCAUCUAAAAAAGUUCCAAAGAAAAGCAUGUCUGCAUUGUCAACUGAUAACCCUAUCAGAGAAUUGACUUGUUCAGAAUCACAAUUAACAACACAAGUAAAACCUGCAAUCAAUAUGGGUGGAUUGUGUAAUGAGACAGCAAUCAAUGAUGUAAUUAAGGACCUGAAGAGUUUCUCAGAACAUAAUUCUGCUUUUGCCCUUGCUUCAAAUACCAAUUACGAUGAUGAUGAUGAUAUCAAUUACUCUCCACUUUGUAGUGAAGAUGAAACUCAUAAUCAUAAAUCUCAAUCUUUUCCCAGGAAGCAGUUGUUUCAAGAUCAAAGUAUUAAACAUUGUUGUAAUAGAGAAAACAUUAUGUUUUCUGACUUUAGAAGUCAGGAGUUAAGUUGCAAAUCUAGUGUCAUUAAAGACACAGUCAUACCUGGUAUUUAUGCUCUUAGCAUGGGCCCAGACCCUGCCCUAUUGAUUGAUUGUGUCAGUAUUUCAACACAAAAUGGAAAAGAGAGUGAAACAAAAUUACCACACCCAAAAUUAAAUAAUAAAGAUAAUAAAGGGGUAACUAAUCAGUCACAAUCUAAUUUAACUGGUUGUGCAACCUUCAUUAAAUUGGAAUCAGAAGACUCAAAUUCUAGCAGUUUAUUAAUUCUCCCUCAAAUUAAAGAGGAACAACAGUCUACUUUGCUUGCUGGCAUGGAAGAAUGUUUUGAUAAUCAAGUUAGCAAUGAAAGGAAAGGUAAUUCCAAAAAUUCUAUGGAGACCCCAUCGGCUGGCACUCGGAGCUUUAUUUCUGAGAAACUGGGAAGCAUUAUACAAAAGGAUAAUAAUCCAAAAAAUAGAAUUUUGGAAGUGGCAUCACUAAAUUCACUGGAAAAAGUUUCUUUAAAUACCCCCAAGAGGACUGCUUCUAAUAAAGAAUUAAAGCAAACUGAUAUUGGAGUUUUCUUUGGACUUCAACCAAAAAUCAAAGAUGAGAAAGAAUGUCUCAAAAAUGAAAUUCAAGGAAAAACAAAAGAAUUAUUUUCAGAGCUGUCAUGUACUACAAAGAGACAACGACAAAGGAAGAGGAAAAUUGAUAGCUCUGUAGGAGAUGAAGCUUCCACAGGAAAUGUAGAAAAGCUUCAACCAGACCUUAUUGAAGAACAACAAAGCAGAAUGAAAAGACGCAGGAGAGGAAUAAGUUCAUACAGCAAAAAUAAGCAGUGUCCUUUUUACAAGAAGAUCCCAGGAACUAAUUUCACAGUGGAUGCCUUCCAAUAUGGUGUUAUUGAGGGUUGCACUGGCUACUUUCUUACUCACUUUCAUUCCGAUCAUUAUGGAGGUCUUAGCAAGAAUUUCAGAUGCCCCAUUUACUGCAGCACAAUAACACGCAAUUUGGUGAUAUCUAAACUUAAAGUACAGGAUCAGUAUGUGAUAAGUCUUCCCAUGAACACUGAAUGUAUUGUGGAAGGUGUUAAGGUCGUGCUUUUGGAUGCAAAUCACUGUCCAGGUGCUGUUAUGCUACUGUUCCAGCUUCCUAAUGGCAAUACGCUUUUGCAUACUGGUGAUUUUCGAGCAAAUGCCUCCAUGGAACGUUACUCGCAUCUGAAGGGUCGAAAAGUUCAUAUUCUUUAUCUCGAUACCACAUAUUGCAGUCCAGAAUACACCUUUCCUUCCCAGCAAGAAGCCAUUCAGUUUGUGGGAAAUAUUGCCUUUGAAAGUAUAACAAUGAACCCUAGGACAUUAGUUGUCUGUGGUACAUACUCAAUUGGAAAAGAGAAGGUUUUCCUUGCCAUAGCUGAGGUGCUUGGAUGUAAAGUCUGUACUACUAAAAAUAAGCUUGAUAUUCUUCAUUGCUUGGGUUGGGAACAGAUAAAUUCUGUUAUCACUCUGGACUGGAAAAGCUCUCAACUUCACUUAUUGCCAAUGAUGCAGAUUACUUUUAAGGGUUUACAAGCUCACAUGAAUAAAUUUCCUGGGAAAUAUGACCAAGUUGUAGCAUUCAAGCCAACUGGAUGGACAUACUCAAGCCAAAAUGGCACAGGUCUUGACAUCAAACCUCGGGUCCAAGGAAAGAUUGCUAUUUAUGGGGUGCCUUAUAGUGAACACAGCAGCUACCUUGAGAUGAAGAGUAGUCAAAGUGGUUGUGGAUAACAUGUUAUGGAUUCAGUGGUCUAAAUGGUAAAGAAGAGUCUGUGAAAGGACAAUAUACAGUUAUUAACAAUCUGUCAAAGAACAUGCUUAAAUCUGCAAUCAAGAUGAAUGCUGAUAGUACAAAGUAUAUUGAUGAAAUGAUCAACUUUAUAAAUUGCAAAGAGAUUUUUAAUAAAUGCUGAAUGGAUGCAUUCUUAUCCUAUGCUCAAGUUAUUAUAAGUCCAUGGACCUUGUAGUCCUGGAACAACAUCACUGAAGACCAAAAUCCCUUUUUCUGCUACUUACUUGAAUUCCUCUUCCAGGUGAUGCUUUCAAACAAGCACAGACUAACCAGAGCAUUGAGGCCCUCCAUUGGUUGAGGUUGACUAUGAAUGUUGUGUCCCAGCUGUCCACAUGAUACGCAAGAUGGGGCAGUAUGAUAUGGAGAGCAAACUGUUGCUCAUCCAGCAGGCUUUCCCUCUCCACGCAGCUGACGAAUCCAAAGGAAUGGCAGAGACAGUUUGGCACUAGUGGCAUCACAGGAGUUGUCAGUCAGUGUUGAACCUCAGCAUAGGACUGCCUUAGGGACUUCAGUUCUGGAUUUUUCCUCUGGCUUUACUCCUGAUCCUUUCCCAUGAGUGGGUGUAGCCACAAGACAGUUGAGGUUUGAGAUCAGAAUUUUUGUUCCCCUGGAUGAGCUGCCAACCUCGGCUGACGAGCCCCAUCUGCUCAAAGCAACUGAUCUUGAGGCGCCAGUAAGCCACCUUUGCUCUUCCUCCUGUCAGUAGAAAUUGUUCCAUUGGGCUUCAUUGUUUAGCCACACUUGAAAGCCAGGAGCUGGACUUGCUUGCCAGAGUCUAUUUGUGGCUCAUGCCAUUGGGUGCAUUUAAUAGGUAGUGGGAGUUUUUAUUCCCACUGCUACCCCUGGCUGUAAAAGCCUUAAGGAGCCAACAAAGCAUUAGUGUUAGGUUUAUCCUUGUGAACCAAUCAAAAUAUAAUCUGCAGCAUUACCAAAUAACUCAGUUCCAACCCUGGUGUCCAUUCUCAUCCCUUUUUAACUGCUGAAAUCUUCAUCUACAGCAAUCUUAUUUUAUGCCAUGGAGCCUUGCCAUUAACUGAAGGAGCUGUAGAUCUGAACAACAGUAUUUAUUACGGUUAAUCUAUUUCAAUUCCAAUGAAACAGUGUAUUGGGAUCAAGGAUGACUUAAUUCCACUCCAGUUCUAAGGUGGUCAAUUAAGCCAUUGUGGAACCUACAGAUACUGUCACUGAUGGGCAGUAAGUUCUUGAUGAGGUAAGCUGGCAAAUUGUUUUGGAAGUGUUGUGCGUACUCCUAAGAUUUUGUACAAUAUAAUAAACUUUGUUUUGUCCUUUAUUUGUGAAUAGUUGUAAAAUUGUAAUGCUUAAAGUAUGAUGGGAAACAUGGCUGAGCAAAUUAAAGAUUAAAACUCAUGACAGGUUCUGUUAACUGCAGUAACGUUCUUUGGUUUUGUAAUAAUCUGAGAAGUUGCCGCAAAACUAAGAGCUUGGUAAUGUGAUCUUUUUGUGUACAAUUGAUCGCUUGGGAAUAAAAAUGUGGCUAGCAAAAAUACCAGUUAUUGGGGGACUAGAGGUGAUAGUCAGCAGCUUUAAAUGCUAGUUGUUAUUUCAGAGGAUCUGUCCCAGUCUAGCACACAUGUCACUUGGUUUUAUUUGGUAAGAGGUGGUAGCAUUCAAGCUUGUCACAGCCAUCAAGCAUCCUUCUGUGAUUCCAAUUUUGUCUGGAAUUGCCACUUUGCAUGUAAGAUGUCUUUUUGGAGGUCAUACCUGGCCCUCUUGUAUUUUAAACAUAAAGAUUCUGCAGAUGCUGGAAAUCAAGAGCAACACACACAAAAUGCGAAAAGAACUCAGUAUAUCAGGCAGCAUCUACGGAAGUGAAUAAACAGUCGAGUUUUUGUGCCAAGACACUACUUCAGGACUAUUGUUGUAUCCCUGUUCUUCCCUUGGUCACCUGACUUAAAUGUCACUGAUCUAGCCCUCAGAAGAUUGCAGGUCUUUGUUCAUUGAAGGGUUGUAUAUGCAAUGUUUGUUCAUUAUGUGCUGUUUUGUAUGAUGUUGGUGAUCAUGGUCUUUUCCAUGACCAUGAUUGUUCAUGGCGAUUUGCCAUUGCCUUUUUCUGAGUAGUGUCUUUACAAGACAGGUGACACUAGCCAUUAUCAAUAUUCUUCAGAGAUUGCAACAGUGAUCACAUAAACAAAACUUGUGAUAUACGCCAGCUGCUCAUAUGACUUAAUAUGACCCUGAUCAGGGCUAAGCAGGUGCUAGUACACCUUGCCCAGGGUGACCUGCAGGCUAGUGGAGGGAAGGAGCACCUUGCACCUCUUUUGGUAGAGACAUAUCUCUGCCUUGUCACCUAAGACACAUGUGCAUUGAUAACGCAUUUACUUUGAAGCUCCCUAGGGGAUGAGGACCAAUCAUUUAUUUGAUUGGAAGCCUGCAGGAAGAAUGGAAUUGUAAUGGAUAUGAAUAUCACAUUAGGAAAAAAUGUAAUUCAACAGAGAUUGGGAUGAUUUACUUUUCAGUGACAAAUUGACAGAUUAAAAACACAAAUGACUAACUGAGGAAGAUGGUGUUAAACCUUGCUGCUGUUCUGUGGACCUGGGCAAAGCUAUGUAUCAAGUGAGGUUGUGAACAGCUGUGGUCUUUUUUAACCACUGGAAGCAGUGAAUCCAGUGGGCUCAAUAUUUAAACAUUGAUGUUUGAAUGAGAAGUUGGGGAUGAAGCUAAGAACACUGAUUUUUGCAUUGAAAAGUUUAAAGCAAACUUCUCAAAAUACGUAUACAACCCAAUACAAUUUUCUUGUGGGCAUACUCAGAUAAUUCAAGAGUCAUAAUAGAAACAAAAAAUCAAUAUGUAAAAGACAACAAAUUUUGCAAAUACGAAAGAAAUAAUAAUAAUAAUAAUAAUAAUAAUAAGCAAUAAAUGUUGAGAAGAUGGUGAAGAGUCCGUGAAGGCGAGUCCUUAGGUUGUGGGAACAGUUCAGUUAUGUGCUGAGUGAACCCCUCUGGUUCAGAGCCUGAUGGCUGAGGGGUAAUAACUGUUCCUGAACCUAGUAAUGAGAGUCCUGAGGCUCCUGUACCACCUUCCUGAUGGCAGCAGUGAGAAGAGAGCAUGACCUGGAUGGUGGGACUCCCUGAUGAUGGAUGCUGCUUUCCUGUGACAGCCUUCUGUGUAAGUGUGCUCAGUGGUGGGGAGGGCUUCAUCCAUGAUGGUCUAGGCCAUAUUUACUACUUUCUAUAGGAGUUUCCAUAUAACGUCAUUGGUGUUUCCAUAUCAGAUAGAGAAGAAAAAUUUGAAGAAAACAUCACAGACCCCAGAGGCCAAUGGUUGAGAACUACUAAUUAGCUGUUAAGUGUAGAAUUUGUUUUUGAUUCACUUGGUGCUCUUUUGCCAUAAGAGUUUUAAAUAAAGUGUGUAUUUCUGUUCUACAUGGGUUGUUGUUGGGUUCGCUGCUUUUCACAUUAUAUGUUAAUGAUCUGAAAAACGGAAUUUAAGGCUUAGUGGCUGAAUUUGCAGAUGAUAUACUCUUCAAGUAUGUCAAGUGCAAGAGGAUAAGACAUGAGAGAAUAGAACCUAUCAAGUGUGACAUUGGAAAAGUGUGUAUGGAACCGGAGGAGAUAGCAGAGGUACUUAAUUAAUACUUUGCUGCAGUAUUCAGUACAGAAAAGGACCUUGACAAUUAUAUGGAUGACUUACAGCAGACUGAAAAGCUUAAAGAGGAUGCUCUGGAGCUUUUGAAAAGCAUCAAAUUGGAUAAGUCACUGGGACCAGGCAAGAUAUAGGCCAGGCUAAAAUGGGAGGUGAAGGAGGAGAUUGCUGAGCCUCUGGCAAUGAUCUUUAUAUCAUCAAUGGGGACAGGAGGGUUAAAA